AGGGACUUGGCUAAAGACAGCGCGCUACCUGGCGGCACAUCCUACGCUCUUAGCCGUCCGAGAGAGCACAGCGCCACACUCGCCAUCAACAAAAAUCAUCAUUGCGAAGACCGCUACGAAAAAGGAGGCCCACACGAAGGAAGGCAGGCACACAAACCGACAGUAACCGGGAGUGAGUGAGUGAGUGAGUGCACAUGUGUACGCACGCAAUCGACAGCCAGGUGACGGACAGACAUGCAAUACCCGGCCCCACACAUCACUAGGCGACACUACACUACACACCAACACACCACGACACUACACGUCUCUCUAUCGUACACCCGAUCGCCAAACAACCCCUCUUUGGAGCACAUGGCGACCAGACAUGCACCAACACGCUAUCACUCAUACACGCCGCGCCCACCCACAGUCGAUACACACUUAAUAAAAGCAAUAAUCCUUAUGCACAUAUACAUGCUCCUGUCAGUUGGGCGGCUCCUCUCCUGGUGCAACAGCGGCACCAGCAGCAGCAGGGGCAGCAGCCGGCUGUCCGUCGUUGGCAUUGUCAUGCUGUUCAUUGACGGGUGGGGGGGUGACGGUGGCCGGUGGGGCGGGGAUGGCGUCCGUGUAGGGCAGAAACAGACUCAUCGGCAGCUCAAAUGCCACAGGCCCCACAAGCUCGGUGUGCUUCAGCUGCCCCACACCCCCAACCGCCCGCCACUUGUGCAUUAGCCCAGCCAGCGCCCUCUCACAGACACGCGAAUGGUCCCUGCCGGCGCCCGCCUCACCACCAGAGGCCGUGUGUGGGGCCUUCCACAGCUUGAGACGGAUCAGCACAGAAGAGCUGGCGGGGAGGGGAGGGGGAGGGGCGCCAGGCUGUGUGUUGGUUGCCACGGGCAGCGAGUAGAGGACUGUGGCGACGGCCAGUAUGUCGCGGCUACUGUGGGCUGAUGAGGAGGGUGAGCUGCGGGGGGUGGGGGGAGGGGAGGAGAGGUCGUCGGCGCGUGCAGUGUCAUCCACACCACCCUGUAGGUGCCGAUAGAACGUCUCAACCUGGAUGGACGGACACCCACACAAGGGGAAGGAUGAUAUUCUGACAGAGAGUGAGAAAUGUGCUGUGUUCUACCUCUCUUCCUGCCUACCUUGUAGCGUGGCCUCGUUGCGGCCUGAGCAGCUGCCAACGACGCACCUGUGGUGUCUUGUCUGAUGACCCUCUCCCACUGGUCCCUCCUCAGAUGGCCAAGCAGCGCCAUACCGCCCUCACGGACGUACACCAUGCACUCAAACGCAGGCCGCGUGUAGCUGUCCAGGUACUUGCACACAGCGAAGCACACAAGCUGCCCUUUGCGCGACAGGUGCAGCAGCGACAGGGGCGACAUCAUGGCGCUGUCGCUUCUGUGGCUGGCGGGCGCCGGCAGUGCGUCAGACGACCCUCUCACCGCCCGGCAGAGGGCCGCCAGCUGCCGCACGUUGUAGUCGACACCGAGUGGACGGCCGUCUGUGUGCUGGAGGAAGUGGCGCAUGAGGGUGUACUGCAACAAGUCCUCCGGUAGAUCGCGGAGCAGCGAGAGGGAGGGGAUGUCGCUGAGCAGCCUGGAUGCAUCCAGAGUGAAGGUGCUGCCGCCAGAGGAGGGAAACAGGCUGGCAAUCAGGCGGCUCAGGUCCUCCCACCUCCUCCAGUCGCCCGCCGCCUCAAUCAGACAGCACAGCUGACGCCAAGACGACUCCUCCGUGACGGCGAUGGACAAACCGCCACCCAGCGAGAUGCGCGACGGCUUUCUCAGGCACGAAUGAGCUGACACCGAUGCACUCGCCGUGCGGGAAACGACGCGCAGGCGGCUGAACCAAUCAAAACAACCAGAGAUAUGGAAUCCGUCGCUGUGGUUGGUUGCCCUCCCCACCCUCUUACAAGUAGAAUGAUCCGAGGGCACGUCGGUGCGAGCGGCAUGUGGUCCUCAGUAUGACACACUCGGUGGCGGCGAGGUGGUCGGCGACGCCGUAGAUGACGUCAAUACUCACGUUCGUGAGGUCAAGAGCCGAAGAGAGGUUGGCAGUCGACCUGGCCUUUCGCGUGGACAU